GACCAGGUGCGGACAGAACAUUUGGAAACUCGGGCACUGCCCGAGGGCCCGGGAUCAGUAGGGGGCCCCAUAAGAUGCCCCUGGUACCUUUUUCAUAGGCUUUUUUGAGUUUGGGCAAGGACACAGGGGUCCCAUGAUCCCCUAUUGCCCAGGGGCCUCAUGAGUUGCCAGUCCGCCCCUGACACACAGUGAAGUAGCAACGGUGAUGCCAUGGCUCAAAUAGAAAACAGAUAAAAGACCAGUGAUACCAUGAAGGGAG